GGCUCCCGCGUGGGGAAGGCGAUCGCGGCAGCGCGCACCCGCGCGUGCGUGAGUCGGCGCGCGAGCCCGGGCCCGGUCGCGCCGCGGCUCGAGCGGCCGUCGCCAUUUUGGAGGGUUCUCUCUGACGCGGGAGCCGCCGCCGCCGCCGCCACCCGGAGGCCGCUGUCAGGAUGGUGAAGCUGUUCAUCGGAAACCUGCCCCGCGAGGCCACGGAGCAGGAGAUCCGCUCCCUGUUCGAGCAGUACGGGAAGGUGCUGGAAUGUGACAUCAUUAAGAACUACGGCUUUGUGCACAUAGAGGACAAGACGGCGGCCGAGGAUGCCAUCCGCAACCUGCACCACUACAAGCUGCACGGGGUCAACAUCAACGUGGAAGCCAGCAAGAACAAGAGCAAAGCUUCCACCAAGCUCCACGUGGGCAACAUCAGUCCCACGUGUACCAACCAAGAGCUUCGCGCCAAGUUUGAGGAGUACGGUCCUGUCAUCGAGUGUGACAUCGUGAAGGAUUAUGCCUUUGUCCACAUGGAGCGGGCGGAGGAUGCCGUUGAGGCCAUCAGGGGCCUUGACAACACAGAGUUUCAAGGCAAACGAAUGCACGUGCAGUUGUCCACCAGUCGGCUUAGGACUGCACCCGGGAUGGGAGACCAGAGCGGCUGCUAUCGGUGCGGGAAAGAGGGGCACUGGUCCAAAGAGUGUCCCGUAGACCGCACAGGCCGCGUGGCGGACUUGACUGAGCAGUACAAUGAACAGUAUGGAGCAGUGCGCACGCCUUACACCAUGGGCUACGGGGAAUCUGUGUACUACAAUGAUGCAUACGGAGCACUCGACUACUACAAGCGGUACCGCGUCCGUUCCUACGAGGCAGUGGCAGCAGCAGCCGCGGCCUCUGCAUACAACUAUGCAGAGCAGACCAUGUCCCAUCUGCCUCAAGUCCAGAACACAGCUGUGACCAAUCACCUCAACUCCACUUCUGUCGAUCCCUACGACAGACACCUAUUGCCGAACUCGGCCACUGCUGCCACCUCAGCUGCUAUGGCUGUCGCCCCCACUUCCUCCUAUUAUGGAAGGGACAGGAGCCCCCUACGCCGCACUGCAGUGCUCCCCACAGUUGGCGAGGGCUAUGGUUACGGGCCCGAGAGCGAGCUGUCCCAAGCAUCAGCAGUGGCGCGGAAUUCUCUGUAUGACAUGGUUCGUUAUGAUCGGGAGCAGUGUGUCGACCGAGCACGGUACUCAGCUUUUUAAAGACUGGAGGUAGGAUAAUUGCGGACUGAACCCUCGGGCUGCGGUCAUAUAUGAGAGCUUGCUCCUCGCGGUCCCCUUUGCCGGGAUGUUUCCAUUGCUUCAUGUUUCAGUAAACAAAGGAGUUUGUGACCAACUAUGUUUUCUUUCUUAAUUUUCCUUAGUUGAUUCUUCUUUCUUCUUUAUACUAGUCUUUGUAGUCUUUCACACUGUUCCUUAUAUUCUCGGCCUCUGAGCAGCCCUAGGUAAGGAUUAUGCCGGCCCCUCCUUUCCUGUGUGGUGGAGCCCCUCUUUCCUUGCUUUCCUCAGGCCUGACUCCCUCUUCCCUGUCUGUCCUGUAGAGUGACCCUGUAGUGGCAAGCAGCCUCUUACUCUUCUGUUAGCUCUGGACUCUCACACUGAAGCUAAUCUCCUGACUUACUAGGAUCAUUGGGGCUUUGGGUGGGUUUUUGAUGGUUUUGUUUUUUUUUUCCAUGUCUGACCUGUGAUCGUGGUGCAGCAUUUGCUGAAAUUUAGCCUUGUUUUAACUCCACUCCUACUUUUUUCUCUUUUUUUAACAUUUUUGACAAAUAAACAUUUUUAACACUUAA